AAAGUAAUAAUGCUUUCGAGUUUUGAAGUGCUUAACAAUAAACAUAAUACCUACUUAAAACCAUUUGUGCCGAUAGUCGGACCAUAACAAACGUAAGCUUCGCGCCGCGAGCACAUAUCAACAAUUGCGAAACAAAAAUAAUAAAUAAAAAACAACAACUUGAUUCGUCUGCUGUGCGCCGUUGCCUUGUCUGAAUAAAAAAAGUAAAUAUUGCUGACUGCCUUCUAUUUAUGAGCGGGUUUUAGAAGAACAAUAAUUUUCGAAUUUAGAAUUAAUUUAAAUUGGACAUAGAAAGUGAUAGUUGCGUGCGUUGUGAGCUAGAAAGUAUCAGUUAUAAGACCUAGUGACCGAGUACAUAAUGCGGCACUGUUGGAUAUUACUCGCGGUUUUUGUGCAAUUAGCUACAUGCGAUGAUGACAAUCUCAUUGACUCAAACCCCAUACCAGCUGUCUUUGAACCCUCAUGGACAUUCAAAUGCGUACCAGACGAGGGUUGUCAAAGGUCGGAGUCUCCGCUGCCCACGAAGUCGAACUCAAGCUCAGUGUUCGAUAGUCUGGACCUUUGCAGAACUGUUUGCGGCAGAUUCGGAGGACUCUGGCCUCGCCCGGUGACUGCGGCUUUAAGCCUUCAGACCGUCAAGAUACACCCGAAUUAUAUAAGGUUUGAUCUGAUCGACGCUCCAGUAGAGACUCGUGAGGUACUAGCCAAGAUGACACAAGUAGCAACAGCCAAUCUUCUGGACGAAUGUGACGGAAACGUCACAGACCUGGUGGAGACGCCUGUUGUCGUCUACAUCACGAUAAAGUCCUCCAACCUGGAGCUAUCCUGGAAUACUGACGAGCAUUACAUACUAGACGUACAGAGUAAAGAUGCCAACAUAGCCGUUCACAUUGUAGCUGAAACUAUUUAUGGUGCGAGACAUGGAUUGGAAACAUUUACUCAAUUAGUGACCUCUGAUAAAUCAGACUUUUCUGCACAAUCAAGUUGCGGCUUGCGCCUGGUGUCUGGUGCUAAGAUCAGGGACAAGCCCGUGUACCCUCACAGAGGCCUGAUGCUCGAUACAGCCAGAAACUUCAUUCCCAUGGACGAUAUCAAGCGAAUGAUUGACGGCAUGGCUGCGACGAAGUUGAAUGUGUUUCAUUGGCAUGUGACCGACUCUCAGAGCUUUCCGUUUGAAUCUACAAGAGUACCGCAGUUUACUAGAUACGGCGCGUAUUCGUCAUACGAGAUAUAUACAACAGAAGAAGUGCGAGACUUGAUAAGUUACGCUCAAGUCCGCGGCGUUAAGGUUGUUAUAGAGAUUGAUGCACCGGCGCAUGCGGGCAACGGAUGGCAGUGGGGAAAGGAGUAUGGUUUUGGUGAUCUGGCGGUAUGUGUGAACUCGAAGACGUGGCGGUCACAGUGCAUACAGCCUCCCUGCGGUCAGUUGAACCCUGCCAAUCAUCACAUGUACAGGAUACUGCAGGAACUAUACCGGGAUAUUGCGGAGACACUGCCCAAACCCUCGCUCUUUCAUAUGGGAGGGGAUGAGGUGUUCCUAAGCUGUUGGAACUCAUCUCAAGAAAUAGUUAGCUACAUGAAGGACAAAGGCUACGACACCAACGUAGAAGGAUUCAUGAAGCUCUGGGGCGAGUUUCAUAAGAAAGCACUCCAGAUUUGGGACGAGGAACUAUUGCAUACGAGACAGCCUGAACAGCCAGUUAUGUUGUGGUCAUCAGAACUCACACAGCCAAACGUAAUACAAAAGUACUUGAGCAAAGAUAGAUACGUGAUUGAGGUUUGGGAGCCGCUGUCGAGUUCCCUCCUCUCCCAGCUUCUUCGUCUGGGCUACAGAACCGUGUCAGUACCGAAGGAUAUCUGGUACCUGGACCAUGGCUUCUGGGGCGUGACCAAGUACUCCAAUUGGAGACGGAUGUACUCCCACACGCUACCCGUGGAAGCAAAUAUAUUGGGAGGGGAAGUUGCUAUGUGGAGCGAAUAUGUCGACGCGCAAGGACUAGAUACCCGCAUAUGGCCUCGCGCUGCCGCUGUGGCAGAGAGGCUGUGGUCAAACCCGAGUGCUAGCGCCAGUGUGGCGGAGCCCCGUCUUCAUCGUUUAAGGUCCCGGCUCGGAUCCCGAGGGAUCCGCUGUGACGUUCUGUCUCCUGCCUGGUGCGCCCAACACGACGCCAGAUGCUUAUGAGUCAACUUCUAACCUGCCUAGUCACGAUAAAUAUCUGAUAUACUCUUAGAUCAUAUAUACGUCUAGAUAGACAUGUCAUGAUGAUAUGACAGCUGUGAAAAAAUCGAAAAAAAAUAAGAUUAAAGUUAACGUCUAUUUAGAGCAAUGCACGCACACUAACAAAAAAUGUUAUGCAAAUCGCAGGUGUAAGACGUGCUGGCUUGUCUUUUUUUUCGGUUAUCUAGCGGUAAGAGACUAACGGCCGUUCCCAAUAUACUAUCUACAGAUAGAGAUAAAUUAUUACCCUCUACUGUCAGUAAUUAUCUGUCAAUAAUCUGAAGCUGUCCCAAUAUACCCGAUAAGUCAUUUUUAUCGCCUUAUAUUGGGACGCGUGAAUUGCAAUUUCCAUACAAAGUUCUAUCGCUGGUAAGCUAUACGUCGUCCCAUUGGCAGACAGCGUGUACGGGUAAGGUGAGUUACCGCCGAUAAGUUUAUUGGGACAGAAAAGUCAACGAUAGUUACGAUUUUUAUUUCAAGUAAGAGAUAGACUGAAUAUUGGGAACGGCUGUAACUAGACUUAUAAAUUUUCUAAGGCUAUACUCUAAUAUAUGUAUUAAGUAUUUACGCAUAAAGAAUGGGAUAAGAAUUGUCCACGAACUUUUAUUAUAUUAUAUCGAAAAUUUUGAUAUAUCAAUGUAUGCGGAAGCUGACUAGUUGGUCAGCUAGUUCUGUUUACAACUUUAAAUACAGUUGCAAUACAUUCGUUUACCUUUUCUAUCUUACUUGAUCUCCGUUAAAAAUCUUCUUCUGUCUCUUGUAAGUGUAUGGUCUUCAUGGAAAACUUUUCGUGGUGUAGAUACGAGAGCAAACUUAUGAAUAAGAGAUGUAAAAAAAAAUAUUAAAGUAGGCGUUACUUUGCGGAAAUCCAUAAUUAUCCAAAUGUUUAGACUUUUCUUGAGUGUUAAUUCCUUAAAAGAAAUGUUGAGUCGCCAAACUGUGGCACGAGACUGAGUUAACUUGAGUCUCGUGCCAGAACUUGGCAAGUCUACAUCCCCUGAGGAUGCCUCGUGUAGAAAUGAAACACGUGUCGAAUUGAUUGAAGACAAAUAUUGCCGGAAUUAACAUUCAAGAAAACUCAAAACAUUAAGAUAAUAAGCGAUGUAAGUAUAUACUAUCAAUUUUGCAGUUUGAAAAUAAAUAAUUUUGAGACUGAUUAUAAAGACUAUAAUAAUUAAGACAUAACAUUUUGAUCGUCUCAUAAUAAUCAAUCUUAUUUAUGCAUUAGUAUUAGAUGUGUAUUCUUUAACUUUUAUAUUUGUUUCUGCAAACAGGACAGUGUAAUAAUAUUACCAAGUACAAUGAAAAGUUACCAUUCUUAGACUGCGUUGCAUCAAUUAACUUUAGCAAUAACAAAUAUGUAAAAGUACUUAUUAAGCAGAAAAUGUGUUGCACCAUAUGACAAUUUUUAGAUGACGUCAUAACUUUAACUGUAACCGUCCAAUCUUAGCCGCUUAAAGUUAUUGUUCAUAUUAAAUAGCUAAAUAGCGACUUGUCAAAUUUCAAAUAAAUAUUUGAUAUUGACUUGAUAUUUCACUUUUUAACUUUAACUAUGCCAAGGAAUACGAUGGUGCAACACAUUCCGCAGUCUAUGUUAAAGUCUGUGUUACUGUUAAUGUUAAAUUUGACUUUAACUUUAACUACAACAGCUAAUUUACCGCCUUAGAGGUGGGGACAUCAUUGUGGAGUUUCGAAACAAAAAUAUGCAAAUGCAUAUAAAUAUUUUGUAACAGUGCAUAAGGAUUAAACAUUUAUGACCAUUUUUAAAUAUAAACCUUCCCAAAUC